UUCCUUUCAUUCUUCUUCAUUUGGCAUUCGGUGUUGAAGGUCGUGCGUAGACCAUACUUUAGUUUGUAAUUCAAAUACCUAGUUAUUUAAGGUCGUGAUUAAACAAGCUAUGGCUAAUAACGAUAACUUUGCACAAGACGUUACGGAUAACCAGCUAAACGGAAAUAUGGAGAACGGUGGUGGCGACGGUCAACAAGACAAUGGCGAUGGCCCAGGCCGCGAUGACGACAGAAAACUCUUUGUGGGAGGCUUGAGCUGGGAAACCACAGACAAGGAGUUACGUGACCACUUCAGUGCAUAUGGCGAGAUCGAGAGCAUCAAUGUGAAGACUGACCCUAACACAGGCAGAUCCAGAGGGUUUGCAUUCAUCGUAUUUAAGGCGCCAGACUCCAUUGACAAAGUGAUGGCAGCCGAAGAACACACAAUAAACAACAAGAAAGUUGAUCCCAAAAAAGCAAAAGCAAGACAUGGUAAAAUAUUUGUUGGAGGACUCAGCAGUGAAAUUUCAGAUGAUGAAAUCAAGAACUUCUUCAGUAACUUUGGCACCAUAAUCGAAGUCGAAAUGCCGUUUGACAAAACAAAGAACCAAAGAAAAGGAUUCUGUUUCAUCACAUUUGAAUCUGAGCAGGUCGUCAAUGAGUUACUCAAGACACCUAAGCAGACCAUCGGUGGAAAGGAGGUCGAUGUGAAGAGAGCGACGCCGAAGCCCGACGGCCCCGGAGGCAUGGGCGGGCGCGGCGGGCGCGGAGGGCGCGGGGGGCGCGGCGGGCGCGGGGGCCGCGGCGGCUACGGCGGCCAGGGCGCGUGGGGCGGCCAGGGCUACGGCGGCUACGGCUACGGCCAGGGCGGCUACGGCGGCGGCUACGACGGCUACGGAUACGGGGGCUAUGGCUACGACGGCUACGGGGGCUACGGCGGUUACGAUUACUCCGGCUACCCCAAUUACGACUACGGCGGGUACGGAGGGUACGAGGGCGGGUACGGCGCGCGCGCGGCUCCUCGCGGCAAAGCUGGAUACCAAGGAGGCAAGCAGCGCGGUGGCGGCGGAGGCCGCGCCAACCAGAGGCACCAGCCCUACUAAGCAACUCACGUACCUGCCGAUAGUCAUCUCAGUCCAAUAGUAAGGUUAAGUCAUCGGUCAUGAGUGUCCCCCGCGCCUCGUCUCGCCGCGUCGGGGGCACGUCAUUUCAUUCCACAUAAUUUAAUUUAAGAAAGUAAUCUGUUUAAGAAAUUUUUUAAGGAUAAAAAUACUGUCGUAUGUAACGGUCGCGAACGGGAGGCCGCUUUGCAUAAAAUUAUUAUUAAUAUAGUAUGGAUUAUAGAUUCACUUGAGUAUUAUUGCCGAUUAGAAUCAAUUUUGACCUUGGAACUGAAACUAUAGUUGAUAUUAUCUAUUAUACAGAGCUUAUAAAAUAUGAAUGAAUAGUGUCCCCGUCGCCGCCAGCGGCCGCGGCGAUGUGUGCGCUAGGUGUGUGUGGGAGCCGCCCUCCACUUGCAGAUGAAUGUUCUGGAUCUCAUUGCAGAAAUGUUGUAGUUUUGUAUAUUUAAUUUGGUUAAUGAACAAUCAGAAUCAUGUAUUUUAUACAACUAGUUUCUUCCAUUGAAUAGGGAUGAAAUUAAAUUCUUAGAAUAAGUGAUUGGACAUGAACAAACUUCUGAAGAUAUACAUUGUGUAUGUCGCAAUAAACAAAUGUGUAAAUAAAAUUUUGACUUUU